CGCCUCGAGAUCUGCUCCUUCUUCCCGCCUCUCCCGGGUCAGAAGCCAGAGCUGGCUAAUCUCCAUCCCGUUCGCUCCCGCCUCCAAACCCCAAACCCCACGCGAUCGCGCGCCCAAUCACCCGAGGCGAUCCCUCGUUGACCCUCCGCAGCGUCCAGAUCCGGCGACCGCCGCCUCAAAAGCAUUGCCCGAACCCCUCCAUAAAUCGCCCCGCGGUUCAGUCGACGGACAGCAUCCCGCCGCUCUUCGCUCGACCCCUCCACCCGCUCUCCCUCCUCGACCGCCGGCGGAUCCGUCCAGGAGCGGCGCAUGUGACUUCGACCACAAACGAAGAAGGAUACAUGCUUCGUUGCUAGAGCGCUUGCUGUUGUUGGAUUUGGGCUCGGGAUCAUGGCUCCUGCUCGGGUUGGCCGGUUCCAGAUGUCUAAUCUCUCAGAGCCCUCAAAAGAAGAUGGUUCAGUCGAGAAAACUGGAGCUUGGAAUAACACAUGGAGCACUCUUAUGCGCCACGCUUCAGUCUAUGGUGUGGCUGCUGGUUAUUGCCUGUCAGCAUCUCUGCUCUCCAUUAUCAACAAAUGGGCAAUCAUGAAGUUUCCCUACCCUGGAGCACUGACAGCCUUACAGUACCUCACUAGUGUUGCUGGAGUUCUCCUGUGUGGACAGCUAAAGCUUAUUGAGCCAGAUAGGCUGAAUUUGAGGACCAUGUGGAAGUUCCUACCUGCUGCUGUUAUGUUCUACAUCUCAAUCUUCACAAACAGCGAGCUCCUGAUGCAUGCCAAUGUGGACACUUUCAUCGUGUUUCGGUCUGCUGUGCCGAUAUUUGUGGCCAUUGGGGAGACACUUUACCUUCACCAACCAUGCCCAUCAUUCAAGACAUGGCUCUCACUUUCCACUAUACUUGGUGGAAGUGUGAUAUAUGUUUUCACAGAUAACCAGUUCACCCUGACUGCUUACAGCUGGGCAAUAGCCUAUCUAGCGAGCAUGUCUAUUGAUUUCGUGUACAUCAAGCACGUCGUCAUGACCAUCGGGUUGAACACAUGGGGUCUUGUGCUCUACAACAACCUUGAGGCUCUGUUGUUGUUCCCCCUUGAGCUCCUUAUAAUGGGAGAGUUUAAUCAGAUGAAGGUCGACAGCUCCAAGAUGACAACAAACUGGCUAUCGUUCGACGUGGUCCUUCCUGUUGCUCUGUCAUGCCUGUUUGGGUUAUCUAUAUCCUUCUUUGGAUUCUCCUGCAGACGGGCCAUCUCUGCUACUGGAUUUACGGUGCUCGGUAUAGUGAACAAGCUCCUGACCGUCGUGAUCAAUCUGCUUAUCUGGGACAAGCAUGCGUCCCUUGUGGGGACAAUUGGGCUCUUGAUAUGCAUGUCUGGUGGUGUUCUCUACCAGCAAUCGACCACAAAGCCCAAGGUGCCCAAGAUCGAGCCAAAGGAAGAGGACGAUGAAGAGGGGCAGAAUUUGCUGCAGAUUCAGCCCGGGCAUGAGAGCAACCCAAGUCAAAAGCAUUCCUCAUAAGCUUACUUUACCUUCCCUCGGCAACCCAUUCGUGGUAUAUCUCAGAUGAGGAAUCUUGAACAUGCUGUAGAACAUCGGUGUUUCAAGAGAAACUAAAUUUCAUUCUACAGUAUCUUUGUUAUUGUAUACUGUUUUUCAUUGGUUAGACAGGAUUGUGGUGGUGGUGUAGGGUACCAGACACCUCAACAUACCAGGGUCGAAUCCCAUGUAUACUGAACCAUGUAUGCUAUUUACCAUAUUCCAGAAAUACAAAGGAUGUACUUAUUCA